AAGAAGAAGAAGAAGAAGAAGAAGAAGAAGAAGAACUUUUCUUUGAAGACUGGAACGGAUGUCUUAAAAGUAUUUUUACCUACAAGAAACCGGACUGAUAUUAAACUAAGAAGAAGAAGAAGAAGAGGACGAAGGCGUAGAAGAAGAAAACAAAGCUGGUCGAUUGUAAAUUAUUCCGCAGGACGGUAGCAAUGUGACGGUUUUGGCUUCCAGCAGCCCGUCCCCCCCUCUGAGUAGUUGAACUCUGACACACUGAGUAGUACAGUGAGGUUGCUUCUGGGCUCCCACAUUAGUUGCGUAAUAAUUAGCUAUCUUUACACUUAAUGUAAAUAUUCUUAACGAAAGUAAGAACCAGUGACUGCAUUCCCGAAGAUGACCUCCAGGAAAGUGAUCGAGUUGUUCUACGAUGUCGUUUCUCCGUACUCUUGGCUUGCCUUUGAGGUCAUGUGCCGCUACAGAAACACGUGGAACAUAGAUCUCAAAUUGCGCCCCGCAUUUCUCGGUGGCAUCAUGCAAGGAUCAGGCAACAAGCCCCCUGCCGUGAUUCCAAACAAAUUCGCAUACAUGGCCAAGGAUCUGGCUCGCUUGGGACAGUAUUUUGAUGUUCCCCUGCGUUAUCCCUCUGACCCCUUUGAGGUCAUGUUCAAUAAAGGCUCCUUGCCGGCAAUGCGAUUUUUAACAGCGGUACAUGAGGGGGAGAAGGGAAGAGACAAGCAGGUAGAGCAGGUGUCCCGGGAGCUGUGGAGGAGGAUCUGGUAUGAGGACAAAGACAUCACUGAACCUGCGUCACUGUCUGAGGCAGCGAUCAAAGCAGGACUGUCUGACAGUGAGAUUACAGAAGUGUUGAAGCAGUACACCUCAAAGGACAUCAAAGACAAACUGAAAAGUGCAACACAGAAUGCGCUUGAUUAUGGGGCAUUUGGCUUCCCUCUGCUGGUGUGUCAUGUAAACAGCAAGCCAGAGAUAUUUUUUGGAUCAGACAGAUUUGAGCUCAUGGCCCACUGCAUUGGAGAGAAGUGGCUGGGGCCUCUGCCUGACAAAUCAUCUGCCAAGCUGUGAGGUGAAAGCCGUUGGUGUGCUCACAGAUUGUCCAAUUGUGAUUUUCUCAAAUAAGUCAAAAUAUCAUAUUUUCUAUGCUGUCUUCUGAAAUGAAGCAGUAACAUUCUAAUGAAUGUAAUCAAAAAGUAAUUCAAACAAUAUAACAUACCACUUUACUGUGCCUAUUAAAAGAAGGCUGACAAAU